AUGUCAGCUGCUCAAGGCUCAAAUCUUCCCCUCCCAGCUUUCUACGCACAAGUGUUACAUUCCCUCGUGCCCAUCUUCGAUGAUACUCUCUCAUUGUCCGAUCUGAAAACUCAAGAAAUUCUCUCCACAGCUUUGGACAAUCUUCACCUGAUCUCUAGGAUGUUGUCAUCCCUCGGUGUGUUCUCGGAUAACGAAUCUCUAGAUGAAGUUGGGGACGGGGAAUUGGUAUUCAUGACUGUGCCUUGGGUUCUAGGAGAGUGCGAGGCAAAAGCUGGUCUUGGGGGAAAGGACAAUCGCAUAGCUGCUUUGAGACGAAGCGACACAGCAAUCAAUGCUUUCUUACAUCUACUGAAUAGCUACAAGGUGUUAUCUCCCGACGAAGAAGCUGAAAGCUCUGCAAUGGCCAAUGGAGUACCUAAGGAUCCUGCGAGAAGACGAGAAGCAAAGAUAAGAGCCUACAAGCGAGAAAAGGAGCUUCGAGAAUUCAUAUCUGCUUCAGUUCCAGACCAACCUGAUCCAACUUCUACUCCAUUAGUAUUCGUACUAUCUUGCUUGCCUCAACAGGGUCAAUCUAAUGGCUCCACCUCUGUGAAUGGAGAAGAGCCCGACACCCGACGUACUAUCCUUCUCAUUCUUCGUCUCUUACAUACACUCGCCCUAGCCUUACUAGCUUCUACAGCUAUGGAAUUGGAGCUUCUCGUUUCUGCCCCUGCAGAAAUAUCAGAAUUACCGCAAGAACAAAGAGGUUCUGAAAUCGACAACACUUGGAAGUUGGACAGAACCCCAGCGGGGUACAAACCAAGAGAGUUGAUCUCCGGUGGUGGACGGGUGUUGAGACCUUUCACCAUUUUACCUUCCACAUCGGGUCUGAGUGACAGGGAGAGAUUACGAGGUGAAGUAUUUAGGGAAAGUUGGAGGUUACCAAGUAUGACCAUUGAUGAGUAUCUGGAGGAGGAAAAGAGAAGAGGGAAUAUCAUUACGGGUGGAGGACAAGCAUCAUAUGACGCACCGACAAGUAGCGAACUACUAGCACUUGCCGCGGAACAAGAUGGCACCGUUGCUGGUGAGGAGAAAGAAGAGCAGAAGCGACUCAAGGAGGAGAACUGGGCCCAAUACACCGAGGUAAAUCCUCGAGGGGCAGGAAAUCGAAUGAAUAGGGGAUAA